UAUUCUGUUGCGGGAGCUUGCCGCGACCAAGCGAAAAAAUACGGGUCAGUGUGUGAAUCGAAGAAGUCGGACAAAGACAAAGUCAAACCGAAACCAUCAUGCGAAGCUAUUGCCUCAUCGUCACUGUGUGCCUCCUCGGAUUUGUGGCUGCUAAGUCUGCGGAUGGAGAUCAAGAUCAGUGGGUCUGGCGAUCGUACAACCGCAGGGAACGCUCCUUCAGGGACAUCGAUCGCAGUUCCCCCAUAAGGAAUUCGUACGACCAGAAGCUGAGGAGGGAACCCACCACGAGGAGACCUCUUCCCGGGGAACCGGAGAACGAUGAGAUCGAGGAUUACGCAGAUGUGGAUCCCACGAGGUCAUCGGAUACUCCCAACGUGGGCACUCGUCAAUUCAAUCCCUACGGUGGCCAACCUAAUGCUGGGCAAUUCGGAGGAGUUGGAGGCUAUGGCGGAAAUCCUGGAGUGCUAGUGGGACCCGGAGGACCCACUGGAAUCAUAGGAAGACCUCAGCUGUACCCCUCUCCUUAUCAACCGGGCUACGGCGGAUUCUCGGGAGCUCAGACUGGAAUCGGAGGAUAUCCUGGCAGCUACGCUGGAGUUGGUCAAGGUCUCGCCGGCGCUGGAUACCCUGGAGCAAACUUGGGAGGUGGCUUCACCGGCUACCCCUCCAACGGACUUGGCCUGAAUCAGUUUCCCGGCAACGGACAGUACCCCUAUGGAUCCUAUCCAGGCACUGAUUUUAGUGGCAACCAGUUUGCAGGUGCAGGCGGUCAGUUCCCAGGACUGGGACAAUACCCCACGAAUCAGCAAUUCGGAGGACCCCAGUACACCGAAGGUUAUGGACUGGCUGGAGGUCUGGGGUUGGGUCAGUUGGGCGUUGGAAACACUGGCAUUGGGUAUGGUACCAAUUUCCCUCCGCUAGGUGGCUUCGGCUAUGAUGAAAAAUCUACGACUGCGGCCGAGGGUAAAAGCGCCAAGAGUGUGGCUGCACCCAGAAAAGUAAGCGAUAAGCUCAGUAAGAAGAUUUAAGUGAAAAAUAACUCCUCUUUAAUUUUUCUCACUGCAUCUAAAAAGAUCUGCAAUCGAAUUUAUAUAUCCCUAAGGGUAUUGUUCAGUAAUCAAAAAUCUCCUUCUAGCCUCAGUUGUAAAUAGUCCCCUUAUCCUAGACAUAGUUUAGGCCUAGAGUUUAAGCUAAUAAAUUCCUAUGUUUUCCAAUUGUGGUCUUUGUUUUUCAAUACCCCAUUAGAAUAUAA